CGAGCAACCGUUAGAAUCCAUCUAGACGUCUGUGAAUUAGUAUCAUUUAUUGCGUCGCACGGAGAGAGAACCCUCUUCUUCAUAAAAUAUUUUUAUGAGUUAUAAGUGCGUGAUUUUAACACAUAUAUUGAGUGUAAAUAGUACGAAAAAUCGUUUUUUAGUGAUAAUGUGUACACAAAAAACCUUUAUCUUUAUGUGGCUGCUAUGCGUCCGGUUAAUGAUAAUGUCAAGUGAUAUCACGAAUAAACGAGAUACUUGUCAUUUAUCAAAUACUUUAAUCGAAGAAAUAGACUCCUACGCGCCGAUAGUGCAAAAAAUUGUCAAUGAAACUAUGCAAGGUUCCUUCAAAGGAAAUACUUGGCAAGAAUUGGCGACAUUUGUUGAUAAAUGGCCGAGAUUCACUGGUACCCAAACACUUGAGGACGCUAUCGAUUAUGUACUCAACAAAUCAAUUAGCUUAGGUUUAGAAAAUGUACAUGGUGAACCGGCUACUGUACCACAUUGGGUCAGAGGCUCAGAAUCUGCGACUCUAUUACAACCAAGGUACAAAGAUUUGGCGUUAUUAGGAUUGGGUUACAGUGUUGGUACUCCAGAAGAAGGUAUAACUGCUAACGCUGUAGUGGUGAAUAGUUUUGCAGAACUUAAAAAAAGAGCAAAAGAGGUUCCAGGGAAAAUUGUUGUGUAUAAUGAAAAAUUUACCUCGUAUGGAGAAACCGUGGAAUAUAGAAGUUCGGGUGCCACGAGAGCCUCAGAAUUAGGAGCAGUGGCUGUCUUGAUUCGAUCAGUAACACCAUUUUCAUUGUACACUCCGCAUACUGGUAUGAUGAGCUACGGGGAGAACGUUACUAAAAUCCCAGCUGCUUGCAUAACUGUUGAAGACGCGAGUCUUCUUCGAAGAAUGGCGGAUCGUGGUGAAACAAUAGUAAUAAAUCUGAAAAUGGGAGCGAAAAGAUAUCCCGAUACUCAGUCCCGUAACGUUAUAGCUGAUAUAACUGGCUCUAACAAUCCUGAGAAAACAGUCGUCGUUUCUGGACACAUAGACAGUUGGGAUGUUGGACAAGGUGCAAUGGACGAUGGAGGUGGUAUUUUUAUAUCUUGGAAUGCUUUAAAAUUAUUGAAGCAUCUUGGCUUGCGAGCGCGAAGAACGAUAAGAAUGAUAAUGUGGACUUCCGAGGAACUUGGUCUUAUUGGAGCUCGCCAAUACAUACAAAGACAUAGUGCGGAGAAUAACAAUUUGCAAUUCGUGAUGGAAUCCGACAUCGGCACAUUCAUUCCUGAAGGCCUCAAAUUCACUGGAAAUGAACUGGUUGAAUGUAUACUUCAGAGAAUAAUGCUAUUGUUAGCUCCGUUGGGUGACAUGAAAGUGGAAAGCCCCUCAUCACAGCCUGAUAUACAAUUCUGGGUAAAUGCUGGCGUACCAGGCGGAGGUCUUUGGAAUCGAAACGAAAACUACUUCUUUUAUCAUCAUUCAAAUGCAGACACUAUGACGGUGGAAAAUCCGAAAGCCCUGGAUAUGAAUACAGCCUUAUUUGCAGCUGUAUCAUUCGUUCUAGCAGAUAUCAGUGUUGAUCUGCCUCGGCACAAUUACACUCACAUUUCUUAAUAAAAUUAAAUUUAUGUAUACAUAUACACACACAUAUA